AUGAACGGUACAGAUGGUGAACAUGAACAAAGCCACGAAAGAUUCGCAAAAAAGAGAUUCUUCAGCGAGGAAUUAGAGACAAAUGGUGACGACUUAAAUGAACAACUAGAGAAUCAAGAUUCUUUUCUGUUUCAAGCACCAGAAAAUGGCAACGUAAUUGGCUCGGAUGGACCCGUAGAGCCUCAGGAAUUACAAGACAUGAUCCCAGAUCUUUCGGGCUCACAAGCAGAAAAACUGCUUGCUAGAACCGAUGUUGAUGACGACAGAAACACGAGAAUAUCCAGCGCUGUGAGUUUGUAUUUUGAGCAGCAACGAAAGCCAGAACGUACUGAGCGUAAAGAAAGAGUAUCUCCUGCCGUUCGGCUUUCUAAUGUUUUGGAUUCAAGGUCAAGUAGCGGCCAGGGAAAGAAAAUUCGCGACUAUGGUGAACGACUGCCGAAAAAAGUCAAACCUUCGGUUCAGUGGCGACGGUUUAUAGGCUCAAUCCAGGUUAGUGCGCUCGCUACGCGACCUACUAUCAAGCCGCUCAAAUAUGGAAGUGAGUUGAGGAUCACAAAAUCCUGCGGCAGUGAGGUUUCAUCUAAACUCUACUAUGCUAAUGGGCGUAAAAGAGCAUCCAUGGCAAAUUUCGUUCGUUUGUUUGAUGUUGGCUUAGGCCGGGAGGUUGGUCGUGUUCCAGAAGAGGUGGCUAAAGUCUUGUUUCCGCUUGUAGACUCGGACGAGCUUGAUUUCGAGGCAACUAUGAUUUACUGUAACAACCGGAGACUGAGUGUUGGCGACUCUUUCAUAGUGCAGCUAGACUGUUUUCUAACGUCAGCUUUAUUUGACAACUUCUCAGACAUGCUAGAGAGAGGAACUGACAUUUUCAACGGAGAGAAGCGCGGGUUCACACAAAAUGUUGUCGAGAACGAAGGAGAGUUGCGCAUGAAGGCUAGAAGACUGGCACUAUUAUCCUUAUUUGACCAAGUACAGCUGCAGCCGGUAGUUUUAAGGACCGAGAGCUCCCCUGAACACACACCCGAAGCAACUGAAGUAAUCGAUCUUGAUGGUAUCGACGGUGAUCAAAACCUGCCUGAAAAAGAUGCCAUUCAGCCUUCUCAAAUGCAAGAAGAUGUCCUUAACGUAAACCAGCUAAAAUCCUUGUACAAGGCCACGUUGUCGAUGGAGUCGUCGAAGCACCUGCCAGAAACCGAACCGAAUCCAGAGGUUUUUAAACUUAUUCUUCGGCGUUAUCAGAAACAAGGAUUAACAUGGCUACUGCGAAGAGAGCGGGAAUUUGACGAAAUGCCAAACACUUCUUCUUCGUCAGAGGAUAUUGACGGGGAUAUGAUGAAUCCGCUUUGGAAACAGUUCAGAUGGCCUAAGAAUUUGUCUUGGGCAUCUCAGAAAAUAAAUUCGAUUGAUCUCGAUUCACAGAGCGACGAAGAGUUUUUUUAUGCUAAUUUGCACACUGGAGAGUUUUCCCAGGCUAAACCAGUUUUGAAGUCUCUGCUCAAGGGCGGAAUUUUAGCGGAUGAAAUGGGUCUUGGGAAAACAAUUUCCAUACUAUCUAUGAUCUUAACGGUACCCUUCGACAAAAAAUUCUGUGAUAUGAGAACCGUCGAGGGGGCAGAAGCAACAGAAGACGCUCCGUUUGAUAUUUUGCAAUCUCAGACCCUCGAUCGUACAAAGCCUUACGCAGCAAAAACUACCCUGGUUAUAGUCCCUAUGUCGUUGCUCUCCCAAUGGCAACAAGAAUUCGAAAAAUCUGCUUCGGGUCCUGAUGCUCAUUGUGAAAUAUACUAUGGUGGCAAUACUGGAAGUUUGAGAACUUUGCUGACGAAGACGAAGAAGCCCCCAAUGAUGCUGUUGACUACUUAUGGUACGGUCCAACAUGAAUGGAGUCGCCUUGUUAAUAAGAGCACUGGAUACCUGGAAUAUGACACUGCAGGGUUGUUCUCUGUAGACUUUUUUCGGAUUGUCAUCGAUGAAGGACAUACUAUAAGGAACAGAAACACUCGAACAUCUAAAUCACUCAUGGACCUCUCUAGCUCUAGACGAUGGAUUUUGACAGGCACACCCAUUAUUAAUCGACUUGAUGAUUUAUAUAGUUUGGUCAAGUUCAUGCGACUGGAGCCGUGGUCUCAGGUGGGCUAUUGGAAAACCUUCGUCUCGGAACCCUUCGAAAAGAAAAAUUACAAGAGUGCAUUCGAUGUUGUUUCUUCGAUCCUUGAGCCUGUGAUACUGCGGCGAACAAAGCAAAUGCGCGAUGCCGAUGGCAACCGCCUAGUUGAGCUUCCUCCAAAAGAAGUUAUAAUAGAGAGAGUCAGCUUCAACAAACACGAAGAUGUUCUCUACAAAUACUUUUUGAAUAGAGCUGAGAAUUCCGUCAGGGAAGGAUUGGAUCGUGGUGACUUGUUAAAAAAGUAUUCCACCAUUUUAGUCCAUAUUUUGAGAUUAAGGCAAGUUUGCUGCCAUGCCGAUUUAUUGGGAUCGCAAGACGAAAAUGACGAGGACUUAGCGGGGAACAAAAUGCUGGGUGAGACCUUCAGCGCAGAAAAAGCAGUUUCGAAUGAAACAGCUGCAACAUUAGCGAUUAGUGAGAGUGAAGCUGACGCAAUUAUUAGUAAUGUGCGAGACAAGUAUCCCGAUGAAGAGCAGUAUAGGAAGCUUGAGUGCUCAAUCUGCACAUCUGAGCCCAUAGAUCCAGUAACGCAGGUGGUGUUUACAGAGUGCGGCCAUGCUUUUUGCGAGAUGUGCAUUAUAGAGUACAUUCGCUUCCAAUCGGAAAGACACCAAAAUAUUAAAUGUCCGAACUGUCGGUCUGAGGUUGAUCCCAAGCGGUUAGUAGCGAUAAAAGAAAUGCCCAACAAGGAGCUGACGCUAAUACUUUAUGACACGGGAUCCAAAUCUUCAAAAAUAACAUCUUUGAUGAAGAGUUUAAAAAGGUUGCAAGAUGGUUGCCCUGGCGAACAGGUUGUAGUCUUCUCGCAAUUUUCCUCCUUUAUGGAUAUCAUGGAAAAAGAACUAUCUGCUUCUUUUUCGAAAUCGGAGCUCAAGGUUUAUAAAUUUGACGGGAGGCUAUCGAUGAAGGAGCGAUCAAAGGUGUUACAGGAAUUUGCAGAAAAAGAUUUAACAAAAUUAAAGGUUCUACUGCUGUCAUUAAAAGCUGGAGGCGUUGGACUAAAUCUUACCUGUGCGUCUCGAGCAUACAUGAUGGAUCCAUGGUGGUCACCUAGUUUAGAAGAUCAGGCGAUCGACCGCAUUCAUCGAAUAGGCCAGGUAAACGAUGUAAAGGUGGUUAGAUUCAUUAUGGAACAUAGCAUUGAAGAGAAAAUGUUGCGAAUCCAGGAGCGGAAAAGGACGCUUGGGGAAGCAGUCGAUGCAGAUGAAGACGAGCGCAGAAAACGCAGAAUUGAGGAAAUUCAAACGUUAUUUGAAUGA